GUCCAACGGCCUUGGCCAUCUGCUCUCAUCGUUCGUCACUCCACCCACCUACCCACCCGCCUCCCACUCCCACGUCUGCCUGCCGUCUUUCCUGCCUUCGGGCCAACCCUGUCGUGCUGUCGGGCUGCGCGUAACAGCAGACAGACAGACGACGCACCCCGCGCUCGCGCGUGCCGCAGGACGUAGAUCCAAUCCAACCCGAACCCGAUCCGGCGGCAUCCACCUCGUUGUCGUCAGUCGCCAACGACGAGAUCAGCUCCACAACCCACCCCCGUGCCAAGGUUUUUUUACUUUUUUUUUUUUUUCUUCUCCGUCGCUGCCCCGCGCACACGCGCGUGCAGACACCUGCUCAGCUGUGCCUCCCCCGCCUAGCCUUGGCAACACGUGAAAAAGUGGUGCUGGUCCUACUGCGUCACUGGGCGGCCCCGUUUUCUACAUCUAUCGCCAUCUUCGCCCCCUACCUCCGCUCAAUCCCCUUCCUCCUCGUUAUCAUCCUCGCAGCACUCGUACCACAGCAACUCGCUACCACUACUCUACUCGUGCGACACAUCACCGCACCAACCCCGCUCGUUACUGCUACUGUCUAUCUGUCGCCUGACGAACGACAACGACCAGACGCGACAUCUACCGCGACAAGAGGUCACAACAACCUCGGCUAGUUAACUCGUUUCACCCUGCCGGCUAGAUCGCACGUGAACAAUCGACGAGCCGUCAACGACUUCUCUCUCCCCUCAAACCAACGACAUCACCACCACAUCUCGUGUUGAGUAGACGCCCCACCAGCUCAUGCCACCAGCAGCAACCCUACUGCCUAUGAACACGCCUUUCAACAAUGUUGGACGUGGUCCAGGCUCCCGUUUACCCCCACACCUCCAGCCGCCACACGCACAGGCGUCCCACAUCCAGCAACUAGACGCUGCUACGGGCGCUGCGGCAGACUAUGGUCCUUCACGACUCGCUCCAUCGUACCAGGCGCCGACGCCCCAGCCAUCAUGGGGACAGGCCAACGCCGCGGCCGUCCAGUCGUUUGGCCAGCCAAUGAUGCCCACCAUCGGCAUGGGAGGCUACGACCCAAACGUUGUCGCUGCUGCCCAGCAGCAAGGCAUCAUGAACCGCUCGUCCCCUCCCCAGGUCGCGCCCGGAAACGGCCGGUACUACUCGCACGAGCACACCAACAGCAAUGGCUCGGUCACCGCCGCCUUCCCCCCGGUCGAGAUGCCCUACAUCGGUAUGGGCCCUUCGAUGAGCUGGGGCGCCGCCAUGUCUGAUAACGAGGGUAGCAUGCCCGGGCGUGCGGGUGGUGGUGGCGGUGGCCGCCGCGAUGACAAGCGCCCAAAUGGCCACACGACCCAGCCCCCAGACGCAGACUCGCGCCCCGGCACCGCAGGCAACAUGCUCGACGUGGCUGCGCAGUCUGGCCAGCUCCGCGGUUUGAAUAAGACGUCGCCCGACGACGACGAGGGCGAAGACAAGGUCGACCACCGCAAGCGAAAGCGUAACCGCACCAUUCGAAGCUGUGUGCCCUGUCACAACCACAAGCGCAAGUGCGACAGAAAGCGCCCAUGCGGCCGAUGCACUGCACUCGGUCUCACCGGAUCCUGUGUAUACGAGGUCGAUGAGCAGCGUGACCCGAACGACCCAGAGGUCAUCGAGACGGAUCGCCUGCGCCGCCGCAUCGCAGAGCUCGAACAGGUGGUUCGUGAACUACGCCAGCGCCACCCACCGCGCAACGCCACCGCUGCCGCAACCGCCGCCGCCGCCGCCGCCACAAACUCGCACCAGUCAUCACCAGCCCCGAGCUUCGGUGACACCAGUCGCCGGGCUAUUGUGGAGCGCUACACGCGCUUCAAGAAGGGCGACACAGGCAACCAGCCCGUGUCAGAGACGUCGCCCACGGGUUCGUCGACCAGCACCCGAAGGGACCACUAUGCCGAACCAUACUCGGCCAACGCGCUGGCGGGCGAGGAGAUGGUGUCGGACAACACGGGCCGCCAGGCAUUCCUCGGUGCCCCCGCGGGCAAGCCAAUGCUCCGCAGACUCAGGGAGAUCCUGGCUGGCCGCGGUAACGCCGUGGUCAACACGGACGAGCUCAUGAACAUGCCCGAGGACACGGCCUUCAAGGGCUGGUUUGGCAGCACGCGCAACACGUUCCCCUUCACCACCAUCUGGAGCCACGAGAACUUUAUCGACGAGAUUGUCGGCCUCUUGCCCACGUCUGAGGAGGCGGAGCUGCUACUCACGGCGUUCCUUGACGAGAUUGCCGUCCUGUUCAAGGCGUGGCACCUGCCCACCCUCAUCGAGGACUACCGUGCCUUCUUUGCCCUCCCCACAUCGGAGAAGCGCACUCAGCCUCUGGCCAAUCUUUCCCUCUUCGUCAUGGUAUGCUCGCUCGGCAGCAUGGUCCGCGCGAGCAUUGGUGAGAUCUUUGGCCAUUCGGGCAACAGUGCCGCAACGUCACCCGUCGUCAACAUGAGCGCCCACAACGGCAAGGACCACACGAGCAGCCGCCUCCAGAGCGAGCUCUAUCUUUCCGCCGCGUUCCAGGCCUUGCGUCUGUGUUCAUUCCUUGCCAACCCGACGAUGGCCACAAUCCAGUCGCAGAUCCUCGUCAACAUCUACCUCAUCCACAGCGAGCGUGCCGCCGAUGCUUGGAGCCUCACCGCGUCGCUGGUUCGCCAGUGCAUCGCCAUCGGCCUGCACGUCGACCCCACCACGUGGGACUCGAGGAUCUCGCUCCGCGAGGCCGAGGUCCGCCGCCGUGUCUGGUGGAGCGUGGUCGGUCUCGACUGUCUCCUCUGCGUUUCGUACGGCCGCCCCGCCGUCACAAACUACUGGACUUGCCAGCUACCCAUGGACCGUCCCGAUGACAUGCUGUCGGACGAGCCGGGAAGUGCGCUCGCCAACGGCCCGACGACCAACGCCCUCGCCUCGGAGGUGACCGAUGAGACGUUCCACGCAGCCUACUUCCAGCUCACGCUCCCGAGUCUCGACCUCCUCAACCGCGUGUUCCACGUCGACCCCCGUGUCGCGCGCGAGUCGUUCAUGGGCUGGUUCCCGGCCUCGACACAGAACCAAGAUCUCUUGCCCAUGUCUGCCACGAGCAACACCUACGAGGACGCCAUCCGCCUCGGUCGCGACAUCUUCGAGUGGUACGCUCACGUGCCCCGCGGCAUGCGCUUCGAGCCCGACGACAACCCGGACGACUACGUCAGCUCGCGCGGUCGGGCUCAGAUCAACCAGACGCUUGCGCUGGCCGUCAAGACGUUUAUGCUUGUUCUCAUCCUCCACCGGCCCUACCUCCGUGCGGACCCGUCCGAGUACCCCGAGUCGGCCGACCUGUGUUUCCGCGCCGCACACAUCAUCCUCAACGCGUACGCAGUCAUGUCGCGGACCAAGAGCAGCAUUGUAUGGUCGUGGUGGACCAUGUCGUACCGCGCUUUCCACGCCGGCACCGUGUGCGCCUUCCUGGUUGUCCGCGACCCGGGCACCGAAGUCGCCGAGCAAUGUCUCCAGGACCUGCGCAACGCGGUCCAGAUCUUCGAGGGCCGCAAGAGCAACUGGAACGUCAUGCACCCGGUGCAGGGUGACCUGUGCGCUGGUCUUGCGCAGCUCGAGAAGCUCGCCACUGCUGCGACACAGCAGUACCGGACGAGCCCGCUGCAGCAGCGCACGAGUCCUCACAACGGGCAGAUGUCGGACCGGACACACCCGUCGCCGAUGCCCAUCUUCCCAGGCUUUGCUGUCGACCCGUCGGUACCGACGUUCCCGCCGGCGAUGCAGCAGGUAUCGGCCACGGACGGAGUCGAAGGCCUUGGCUUGGCCACUGACGGUGGGCUGAGUGCCGAGGUCCCCGCACGCCAGGCGCCCCCGCGUCGCCGGACUUCCGAGCUCCCCUUCCUCCAGCCGUGGCAGAUGUCGACGGCCGACCCCAGCCUCAACACUUCGUUCGGCAUGGGCAAUGCCACCAACCAGGCGGCGCCCGAACCGCUGUCCCAGAUCUGGGCAUCCAUGUUCUCUGUCAAGAUGGACCGCGACGGCUCAAUGAACAACAACGCACCUAUCCCGACCGCGCCAGUGUAAUACCACAUCACGUCUCAAACAAGCUCGUUUUCAUGAAAUCAAACAACCAACCACGUCAAAGCAACACACCCAUGCACCCAAACUGUGAAAAUAUCCCAUUAGACAUACCUGUCUCACCUAUCUAUCGACCGAAUCAAACUUGUAGGCGUCGACUGGCGGCCACCAUGACCCCAUAUCUGUAGAGUUGGCAUUGUCUUGUGUCGCAUAUGUACAUUGCAUGGACGAGAUGCAGAUAGAUGCACGAGUGCA